UCUUUUUUCUGACGAUAUUUUUCGAUCGUCCAUGGUUCGUCUGUCAUCGUUUUUUGACCCCAAUUUCUUUAGAAAACAGAGUCGGGGUAGCAACUUUUACGAUUUCAUAAUGUCCUAAAGGUUUAUAUUCGAAGCCGUGUAAGAUAAACACGAAGUUGGAUUCAAGAGAACAUGUCAGAGAAAGACAACAUUGCUCUGAGAGCUCCUCACGAUAAAUACACAACAUCACCUUACGACCACCAACUUUUCGGUGAAGGAGAAGAUUCCAAGAAAAAGAGCUGUUACAAUAAUCCAUGCGGGAAGAGAUAUCUCGUUGCCUUCCUUGCACUGCUUGGCUUUGCCAAUGUCUAUGCACUACGAGUCAACUUAAGUGUUGCUUUGGUUGCCAUGGUAACGAAUCAUACAAUAUUCAGACAUGGUCACUGGAUAGAGAUUGAGCCUGAAUUUUCAUGGAGCCCUCAACUUCAAGGAAUCAUCUUAAGUGCUUUCUUUUAUGGAUACAUCAUCACACAACUUCCAGGAGGUGUCUUGGCCAUCAAAUUUGGGGGAAGGAAUCUCUUUGGUUUUGGGGUGUUUUGCACCUCUGUCUUAACUAUACUGAUUCCCCUUGCUGCAAGGUGGAAUGUUGGUAUAUUGAUUGCACUGCGAAUCUUGAUUGGGAUUUGUGAGGGUGUGGUUUAUCCAGCCAACCAUGCUGUCUGGAGUAAGUGGGCUCCUCCUCUGGAACGAAGCAAGCUAACAACUAUCUCAGCAUCUGGGUCAUAUUUUGGCACCUUGAUUGCCAUGGCUCUGUCUGGGGUUCUAGCACAAGUCUCUGGUUGGCCAGCUAUUUUCUAUGUGUUCGGAUCUUUUGGUAUUGUUUGGACUUUUAUUUGGUUUUUGAUCGUGAGGAACUCACCUUCUGAAGAUCAUAGAAUUUCCCAAAGGGAGCUUGAGUUCAUCCAAAGAAGUUUGAAAGAAAAUGGGGCAUCUACUAAGCCUGUUACCUCAAUACCUUGGAAAUCCAUCUUCACAUCACUGCCGGUUUGGGCAAUAGUCGUAGCUCAUUUCAGUGAAAAUUGGGGAUUUUACACAUUGCUGACAGAAUUGCCAACAUAUUUGAAAAACAGACUUGAUUUUGAUCUUGGGAAGGCUGGUUUCCUUGCAGCUCUGCCAUACCUUGUCAUGACAAUCGUCGUACAGGGAGGUGGACAGAUCGCCGAUUGUCUUCGUAUUAAAGAAGUCCUCUCCACGACUGCAGUGAGAAAGCUCUUCAACUCCAUUGGAUUCUUGGCCCAAGCCGUUUGUCUUGUCAUCGCUGGUUACACUACUGACUGGAUGGUAGUUGUUGUAUGUCUUACAUUGUCAGUGGGCCUUGGUGGGUUGGCGUUUAGUGGGUACUUUGUCAAUCAUCUUGACAUUGCUCCUCAAUAUGCCAGUGUAUUGAUGGGGAUUAGUAACACGGUUGCUACUUUACCUGGAAUAUUAAGUCCUCUACUUACCGGCGCUAUCGUACAACACCAAACUGCUGGUGAGUGGCGUAUAGUGUUUUAUCUCGGUGGAGCCAUUUACGCCGCGGGCUGUAUCUUCUAUGUUAUCUUCGCUUCUGGUCAUGUCCAGUUCUGGGCAACUGGGAAUGGAUAUGAAGAAGUCUUGGUGAAUAGUGAUGAUGCUGAAGAAAAAGAAGAAGAAGAAGAAGAAAUCAAUAGAUAAUGAUAAAGAGAUAUAUAAUUAUAAGAUAUAAAACCGCCAAAGGUAAUGGCCUCUUUUUAUACGUUAAAGCAGCUUCAAAACAUGCGGGGAAGCGGGGUAAAGUUGACUUAGUGACAAGGGCAGCUUGUAGAAAAAGCGCGGGAAAUAUUAGGAAUGAAGUCUGCUUCAUAUUCUUUUGUUUAAUUCCAAAAAAAGUCAGAAUUAUAUGCGUAUAAGCAGAGGCCAUUUUGUGGACGGAUAUGAACAAAAACAAUCUAUAACCAUGAAUUAAUUUAAUUUCUAACAUUCGAACUUUAUAUUUGUAAAGUAUUUACAUUCAUCAUGUAUUCUAUGAUAUACGUCAUGAGAAUAGCAGAAAUGUUCUAUAUUUAGUUUUAUUUAAAUGUGAAAAUGAUAACUUAAAAUGAUAACUUAAAAU